ACGUUGAAUAUCCAUCUCUGAAAACACUCCGGGUAGAAAUACUAAACACGCCAAACGUGAUAAACAGUACAUGAGCUCGAUGUUUGUUUAAAAACUUGGAAACGUUUCAUGUUGUAAACACGAAUUCAUAAGACAUUACUGUACAGUAAAUCCUCAGACAUGUCCUACCACCAGGAUUGUGGAGGACGCGGAGGAGAAGGUGGUGGAAAGACUCCAGGUCAGCACGGCUCGCCUCCAGGUUAUCGACCCCCCAAUAUCAGGCCGCCACUUUCUCACUCCCCUGUACCGCAGUACCACUACGAUCCACAGGCUCCUCCCAGCUCAGGCUACCACCCAAACAACAGCUACAUGCCUCCACCUUGUGACUUCACGCAGUACCCUCCUCUAUCACUGUCACAACCUCCACCCUCUUUAAACCAGUGUCCAGUUCGUCCGCCUUUUCCUAAACCUUCUCUUCGACAUGGGUUCCUUGAACCUCCGCCCAAUUUCCCUCCCCCUUCCGCUCCUCCUCCUCCUCCCAUGCCUAGUUCCACCGGGGGUGUAGCAUCAAGGUCGCAGCUAUCUGCUCAGAACAGUUACCCUCCGUACAUGAUGCCUCCCGUCCCUCCACCUCCGUUACCCCACCCACCGAUGUCUCACCCGAUGGCCUCUCAGUCUAUGAACUACCCCCCUCUUCCCUGCACCAUGAACUACCCACACCCUCCUUUCCCUCCUCCUCCCACCUUUAACCCAGGGUACAAUCCAAACCCAAAUUCCUUCAAACCUGACCACAGCUUCAGGCAGGGGGCGCAGUACAAGUACGACAAACCGAGUGACAGCAGGAGGACCCCGGAGAGGAGCUAUCGCCAUGACGACCACCAACAAAAGAGCUACCCCUACGACCGGCACCAAAUGGAGUUUCCCACCGACAGGAAGGAGCGGGGCUGGAGUCCAGACAGACGGCCCAGACCGGAGGGGGGAAGGUUCAAGUCUGAGUAUGACAGAGGGAGGACGCCCCCUAGACACAGGAGCAGGGAACGCAGCAGAGAGAGACAUCGCCGCAGAGAAAGUCGAAAGUCCCAGUCUCCCGACAGACAUCGAAAGAGAGCUCGCAGUCGCUCUAUGAGCAGAGACAGGAAACGUGGACGCUGGGAAGAGGAGAGGGAGAGGAGGUCAGAGGGAUCUUCAGGCCUUAGCCGGGAGCGAAGCUGUUCUUCCUUCAGGAGCCGAGAGUCUGACGACGCCUUCAGUGACAGAGACAGGGAGAGGGAACGAGAGAGGGAAAAGGAGAAGAUGGACGAGGAGAAAGAGGAAGAGGAGCUGCUGAAACCUGCCUGGAUCCGCUGCACGCACGCCGAGAACUUCUACUCCAACGACCCCAUGGACCAAGUGGGAGACUCCACGGUGGUCGGCACCAGUAAACUGAGGGACCUGUACCAGCGCUUCCAGGAAGAGCUGGGGAGGAGGCAGGAGAGAGCCAAGGAAGCUCGACCCAAGUGGGAGCCUCCCAAAACCAAACUGGACGAGGAUCAAGACGGCAGCAGCAGUGACUCAGAGUGCGAGUCGGACGGUGAACGGAGUUCCUGCUCCAGCAGCUCAGACUCCGAGGUAUUCGACGUCAUCGCAGAGAUCAAGAGGAAAAAGGCUCAUCCUGACAGGCUUCACGAGGAGCUGUGGUACAACGACCCCGGGCAGAUGAACGAUGGGCCGUUGUGUAAAUGCAGCGCCAAAGCCAGGCGUACGGGGAUCCGUCACAGCAUCUACCCAGGAGAGGAGUCUGUCAAACAGUGUCGUCCCAUGAACAACAACGCAGGGAAACUCUUCCACUACAGGAUCACGGUGUCUCCGCCCACCAACUUCCUGACGGACAGACCCACAGUGAUUGAGUACGAUGACCAUGAGUACCUGUUCGAAGGCUUCUCUCUGUUCUCACACACUCCUCUGACAAACAUUCCAUUGUGCCGAGUGAUCCGCUUCAACAUAGAUUACACCAUCCACUUCAUCCAGGAGAUGACGCCAGAGAACUUCUGUGUCCAAGGCCUGGAGCUCUUUGCCUCCUACUUGUUCCAGGACAUUCUGGAGCUUUACGACUGGAACCUCACAGGUCCUGAGGGUGACACGGAGACCUCUGGGUGUCAGCGUUUCCAUUUCAUGCCACGUUUCGUGCGUUUUCUACCCGAUGGCGGUAAGGAGGUCUUGUCGAUGCACCAGGUGCUGCUUUACCUGCAGCGCAGCAGCAAACCUCUGGUUCCUGAGGAGGAGCUGGCAGACAUGCUGCAGUGGGAGGAGCUGGGGUGGCAGAAAUACGCCGAGGAGUGCAAGGGCAUGAUCGUCACCAACCCUGGCAUGAAACCCAGCUCAGUGAGGAUUGAUCAGCUGGACAGAGAGCAGUUCAACCCUGAGGUCAUCACCUUCCCCAUCAUCGUCCACUUUGGAAUCAGACCUGCUCAGCUCAGCUACGCUGGAGACCCUCAGUACCAGAAGCUGUGGAAGAGCUAUGUGAAGCUGCGCCACCUGCUGGCCAACAGCCCCAAGGUGAAGCAGAUUGACAAGCAGAAGCUAACACAAAGAGAGGAAGCUCUUCAGAAGAUCCGGCAGAAGAACACGAUGCGCCGUGAGGUGACAGUGGAGCUGAGCAGCCAAGGCUUCUGGAAGACUGGCAUCCGCUCCGACGUCUGUCAGCACGCCAUGAUGCUGCCCGUCCUCACCCAUCACAUCCGCUACCACCAGUGUCUGAUGCACCUGGACAAACUCAUCGGCUAUGUCUUCAAAGAGCGCUGCCUCCUUCAGCUGGCCAUGACUCACCCCAGUCACCACCUCAACUUCGGCAUGAACCCCGACCACGCCCGCAACUCUCUGUCCAACUGUGGCAUCCGUCAGCCAAAGUACGGCGACAGGAAGGUCCACCACAUGUACAUGAGGAAGAAAGGAAUCAACACGUUGAUUAACAUCAUGUCUCGACUCGGCCAGGAGGACCCCUCCCCAUCCAGGAUCAAUCACAACGAGAGGCUGGAGUUCCUGGGUGAUGCCGUGGUCGAGUUCCUCACCAGUGUCCACCUCUACUACCUGUUCCCCAGCCUGGAGGAGGGAGGCCUGGCCACGUACAGAACAGCCAUCGUCCAGAACCAGCACCUGGCCAUGCUCGCUAAGAAGCUGGAGUUGGACCGUUUCAUGCUUUACGCUCACGGCCCUGAUCUGUGCCGGGAGUCGGACCUGAGACAUGCCAUGGCCAACUGCUUCGAGGCUCUGAUUGGUGCUGUGUAUUUGGAGGGAGGUUUGAAGGAGGCUCGGCAGCUCUUUGGUCGACUGCUGUUCAACGCUGAGGGCCUGCGGGAAGUCUGGCUCAACUACCCACCACACCCCCUGCAGGUCCAGGAGCCUCAGACGGACCGUCAGCUCAUCGAGACGUCGCCCGUCCUCCAGAAACUCACCGACUUUGAGAAGUCCAUCGGCGUCCUCUUCACACACGUCCGUCUUCUGGCCCGAGCGUUCACUCUGAGGACCGUGGGCUUCAACCACCUCACACUGGGCCACAACCAGAGGAUGGAGUUCCUGGGAGACUCCAUCAUGCAGCUGGUGGCCACGGAGUAUCUCUUCAUCCACUUCCCUGACCAUCAUGAAGGACAUUUAACACUUCUCCGCAGCUCCCUGGUCAACAACAGAACACAGGCCAAAGUAGCCGAGGAGCUGGGGAUGCAGGAGUUCGCCAUCACCAACGACAAAACCAAACGACCGGUGGCUCUGAGGACCAAGACCCUGGCCGACCUGCUGGAGUCGUUCAUCGCAGCUCUGUACAUCGAUAAGGACCUGGAGUACGUGCACACCUUCAUGAACGUCUGCUUCUUCCCUCGGUUGAAGGAGUUUAUUCUGAACCAGGACUGGAACGACCCAAAGUCUCAGCUGCAGCAGUGCUGUUUGACCCUCAGAACCGAGGGCAAGGAGCCUGACAUCCCACUGUACAAGACCCUGCAGACGGUUGGACCCUCACACGCUCGCACCUACACCGUGGCUGUGUAUUUCAAAGGAGAGAGAAUUGGCUGUGGUAAAGGCCCAAGCAUCCAGCAGGCAGAGAUGGGAGCAGCCAUGGAUGCACUCGAGAAAUAUAACUUCCCACAGAUGGCUCAUCAGAAGCGCUUCAUCGAGCGGAAAUAUCGGCAGGAGCUGAAAGAGAUGAGACGGGAGCGGGAGCGGCAGGAGAUCGGGAGCGACGAGGCGGAGGAAUGUCGGAAGUGACGGCAGCAACGGAAGCCCCGUUGUCCAAUCGGGAGGACGGGUCUGUCAGGAAAUGAUUGACAUCCAGAACGGAGGUGUGGACAGUACGUUCCCAAAGUUCCACGAGAACCUGAGGAGAACACAGGUGACACUGCAGUUUCUUGUUUAGAACCAGAGGAGGUUCUUUGUUGGACCUUCCUGAUCCACAUCCAGGACUUUUAAAAACCACAAGUCUGUGUUCAUGGCUCAGACAAAGUGAGAGGAAACGGAAGUUUGACUUUGAAUGUUAAGUUAAAACUCUUAGAAAUAGUUCCUUUUUUAUCGUUCUUCUUCUUUGCUAAUGUCUUCAGGUCCAUCAUUCUUCAGGUCAAACUUUGAAGAACCGGUUUGUAGGAUUUAGGCCUUGAAAAGUUUUGAACACCAUUCAAUAACUCCAUGAAAGUUUAAAGUUAAAAGUCAGGAAUUGACAACUGGCUCAUUUUUAAAAACUCCCGCUGCUUCGACCUUUGAUCUCUGGGGUGAUGGACCAGUGUUGUUGAAAAACCUUGUCAGAAAUUUGAAAAGUUUUCAAAUCUUUGGAUUUUAGCUGUGUUUACCACAGGUGUGGCCACAUGACCCAGCACUGACCCCAAAGGUCAACAAGGUGCAGCACUGACCCCGCUGCCAGGUGGGCUUAGUUCUAGUCAUCCGGCACCUGGGUGGCAGGUGAACCCAGUCCAAGUAGACGCCCGGACCCGGCUAAUGCGCUGACCUUCUCUCUGCGAGCCGAGGUUGGGACACACCUCCAGGUCCAGGAAAGUUAUUCCACACCGCUCAAAGGUCACAUGACUGCCGAGACGCAUCUUUAUGGAGAAGGCCGUUGGUCCCGGAGGAAAUCAGACGAGUAAAGAGUGAGAACUGGGAGCAGCUACACACAGAACAGAUGCAUUCUGGGUAGUCCACUCACUGAGUAAGAUGACGACACACAGUAAGAUGGCCACCAGGGCUCCCGUGCUCAGCCCCGCCCUCGCCGUCAGCGCCUCGGCGUUGCACAGCUUCAUGUUCCCGUCCCGGUCGCAG